CUCCUGCAACCUCCAUUCUCUUCUGGGCCUCCUUGGUCCCUGAAUACAACUCUAGCCUCAGAGCUCUCUCCCUAGCACUCAUGGGCUUAAAGAAAAUCUCCUGGAUUUGUACCCAGAUCCCAGCUGUCCCAGUUUCCAAUCCCCAUUACUUCAAUUCAGACUAAAAAGAAGAUAUAAAGACCAGGCUAUCCUGAUUCUAGCAAGACAUACUUCUGGCUAACCCAAGGACAGAAAGCAGGAUCCCGGGCCAUGGUUGUAUUCAUGAUGCUCCUCUCGAAGGCAUCUCAGGUCGUCCAUAUCCCAUGUACGUGGUGGAGCCCAGCAUAUGAUCCAAGACUCUAGGUAACAAGAUAUUUACCACCAUGGAUUCUUCCAUAUUCUCCUGCAAUGCCAGCAGCCAUGACCACCCAACCUUCCUGCUGACAGGCUUCCCAGGCCUAGAGGCAUCUCACCACUGGGUAUCCAUCCCCAUCAACCUGAUCUGCCUAAUCUCCAUAUUAGGCAACAGCACCAUUCUCUUCCUGAUCCGAACAGACCCCAGCCUUCAUGAGCCCAUGUUCAUUUUUCUGUCCAUGUUGGUGGCCUCUGACCUUGGUCUAUGUGCAUCUACCUUCCCAACCAUGGUGCAGCUCUUCUGGCUGGGUGCCCGUGAGCUUCCCAUUGACCUGUGUGCAGCCCAGAUGUUUUUCAUCCAUGCCUUCACUUAUGUGGAAUCAGGUGUGCUCCUGGCUAUGGCCUUCGACCGCUUUGUUGCCAUUAAAGAUCCCUUGCAUUAUUCUUCGGUACUCACCCACUCAACCAUGGCCAAAAUAGGGGCUGGGGUUCUUGUGAGAGCAGUUAUGCUCAAUGUCCCAGGCCCUGUUUUGCUCAGGAGGCUUGAUUUCCCUCCUGUCAGUGUCCUCUCUCAUUGCUAUUGCCUACACUGUGACCUAGUAGGCUUAGCUUGUUCUGACACCAAGAUCAACAGCUUCUUUGGCCUGGUCUCCAUCCUGCUUUCUUUGGGUAUUGACUCUACUCUCAUCGUGGUUUCCUAUGUGCUAAUCCUACGCACAGUGUUGGGCAUUGCAUCUCCUGAAGAGAGAUUUAAGGCACUCAACACAUGUGUCUCACACCUCUGCAUUGUGCUUAUUUUCUACAUGCCCAAGUUAGGAUUAUCCAUACUGCACCGUGUUGAGAAACAUACCUACCCUGCUCUAGCUGUGCUCAUGGCUAACCUACAUUUCCUAGUCCCACCCUUCAUGAACCCCAUCAUCUACUGCAUCAAGUCCAAGCAGAUCCGACAGGGUCUCCUAAGACGCUUCUGGCAGAAAAGAGUUGAGACCUCCUAAAGAGGAUGGAGCCAAGGCAGACUAGGAAGCAUAACACUUUAAACAGCUUGAUUGUCUUCAGAUAAUCUAGGGAUUUUCUUGGAUUAGCUACAUGUUGGAAAACAUGAAUGAAUAUAUCAAAUCUUUUUUAAUAGAGAAAUAAGAGGCAGAGAAAACACAAUCUCAUUGUCAAUUCCUCACACUCAGCUUUUUUUUUUCAUUUCUGAAUAUCUCAGACUCUUGGGUGGAAUUUCAAAGAGUGACCUGGAGUCUGAGAAUGACUAAAAUAUUUCAGAUUGAUGGAUACUCUGAAAUAUUUUGACUUUUAGGUCUCUAACAAUCACAUACACACACCAUAGGGUACCACAACAUACCUUUCAGUUAAUAUUGAUAAACAGAGGGUAUCUUUGAGAAAUUCUUUCUCAUAUAUGAUUCCCAGACAGUAUGGAUCUCUCUUUUUAUCACAUAUCUAGAAUAAUCCUAUAUUCACUGUCUUUAUUUCAUGAUUACUGGUGGUUUGCUGGUCUCUAUGAUAGGUAAAGAGGACCCAGAGAGAGAAUAUCAGCCUUCAAUGUCAUGUUCCAAGUUCAACACAAAGCAUAGUAUGGCCAAUAUGGAAUAUCCAGGGGAAGGCUAUUUCUUUCCUCAGGCAGGACUUAGGUAUAUCAGAUAGGUGGUGGUUAGGGGGAUGGGGAGAGGAGUAUUGAAGACACUUUCUCUCACAUCGUCCAUGAAUCUUAACUCUAAGUUCCUCUCUUAAAACCCAGAUAUUCUGAAACUUGCUUCUCUUUCCAAGAUCAAAAGUUGGGAAGCUGAGAUUCUGGAAAGAUAGCGAGAGAUCAAGGCACCUAGGUUCUGGAGGGAGAGUGGAAAGCUAGACUGAUUAAAUGGGAAGGUCACAUUGAAGAUUUGCAUUAGCCUAGAAAUACUAUGUACAAACCUAUCAACAUUCCAAAUCUUCUGAUGCAUCUUGGGACAAUUACUUAAUGAGUGAGGAAGAGGGAGGGAAUAGGUACUAAAGAGCAAGAGGGAUAAGAUCAGUGAAAAGGGGGUUUUAUGUAUUUGUGUGUAUGUGUGUGUGUGUAUGUGUGUGUGCAUCAGUAAAGAGCAAAAUGCUGUGCCUAAGGCUCGGACAACCCAAUUAAGUCAGAACCAUCUGUAUGUAUAGGCCUGUGUGGUACCAAAAAGGUCAUUAAAGGAGAAAUGAAUUCUGUUUCCUAGACAGAUAUUUCUUCUCCCCUCUUACUAAUUAAAUUUUAAAUUCAUUAUGGGCAGGAACCAUGUUUUCUAAGAAUACAUAUAAGCUAUUUAUUGAGCUUUCUCUGUACCUCACUUUCCUUUUCUAUAAAAUAAAAUUAUUUAUGUUGGGUAGUAGGAAGGAUGUUAUGAAGAAUCAAUGAAGCAGUGGAUUUGAAAGUGAAAUGCUCUAUACUUUGUACUUUUCCAAGGCAAAGACUGUUAUCUAUAUUAUUUUUACCAGUAUCAUUAUUAUUAUUAAUAUUCCAGAGUGGUAACAUUUAUGUAUAUGAAAACUGGCAGUAUAUAGGGCUUGUUUUGUUGCCUCGUUCCUUUCCCAGUCCUUCCUCCCUAUGUACAGUAUGUCCACCUGAUAGCAGGUGGUUGAUUAGACAAGAAGACAACCUCUUUUGCCCCUCCCAGUUCUCAAUAUCUUUUUUUUUCCUGCUUUUAAUGGGAUAAGCAAAGAUAAGGAAGAAUGCCAGAGCUGAAGGCCAAGAUGGGGAGAAUAUCAUAAUUGAGAACUCACUAUUUCCUCAGUUAAUCUAUUCUGUUGUUGGUCAGAUGUUUGUUAAGAAAAACUUCCCCAGCAGCUGGGUGACUCAGUGGAUUGAGAGUCAGGCCUAGAGAUGGGAAGUCCUAGGUUCAAAUCUGGGCUCUGACACUUCCCAUCUGUGUGACCCUGGGCAAGUCGCUUGACCCCCAUUGC